AUGGUCGAGUACCUUCAAAAGCUGCUUAUUGAAAUCGCCCUGGCCAUCUUUAUGGACGUCAGCAACACGCAUUCCGGCAAGUCAGAGUUACAAGUAGAUGUUCACAAACGUGUCUCGAACAUGUUUGCAAGUCUCCCAUUGGAGUUCGUCCCAGCCCAGCAGCAUGUCGGCAUCGAGAAGACAAUCUGCGCCAGAGGUCUGCUUGAUGAGCCAAUUAACCUGUGGGUCGAGAUCAGUGCCGUCCAUGUCUCUUCUCCCAUUUUCGAGGAGAUUGCGAAGACGGACUCUGUAUAG